UAGUGUGAUUGGAAUUUAUGUUUUGGUGGCAGCACUGCUUGUCGUGAUUUACGUAGAAAGAGAAAACUGUCAUGGAAGUCAAUCAGCAUUCGUAGCGUAAAUAAACACAAUUUACGGACACACACGCAGAUAAUCGACCCGUCGCUAUGAUGACAGAUGACGACCACCAGGCGGACAUCUGCCGCGUGUGUCGGUGCGAAGGCUGCUCAGAGCGGCCCCUCUUCUACCCUUGCAUCUGUACGGGCUCCAUCAAGUACAUUCACCAAGAAUGUCUCGUCCAGUGGAUGCGCUACAGCCGCAAGGAGUAUUGCGAGCUGUGCGGCUACAGGUUUUCCUUCACCCCAAUAUACUCGCCGGACAUGCCGAGGCGGUUGCCUUUAAGAGACGUUGCCGCUGGCCUGCUGUCCAGUGUAGCCACUGCUGUCAAACACUGGUGUCACUACACAAUUGUCGCCCUGGCCUGGCUGGGAAUAGUUCCUCUGACAGCGUGCCGGAUCUACCGAUGCCUCUUCACUGGCUCAGUCCACUCGGUGCUGACGCUGCCCCUUGAUCUGCUGUCGAUGGACAACCUGGCGGCCGACAUUUUGCAUGGCUGCAUCGUCGUCACGUGUACCUUGUUCGCCUUCCUUGGCCUUGUGUGGCUUCGAGAGCAAAUUCUGCACGGCGGAGGACCAGACUGGCUCGAACAGGAAAUGCCUGCUGACCCCAUUCCUGAGCCAGAGCCCCCUGAGCCGGGACUGCCGGAAGCAGAGCCAGGGGCUGUGCCAGGCCCUGUAGAAGGGAUUGCUCAGAUGGAUAUGGACAUCAACUUGCAACCAGACGUCCAAAAUGACGAGCCAGCCCAACAGGCGCAACAGGAAGAUGCUGCAGGCGACGGAAAUGACCUUGACGGAGGCGACGAUGGAAAUUGGAACCCUAUGGAGUGGAACGCAGCUGGUGAAGAACUCACUUGGGAACGAUUACUCGGCCUAGAUGGCUCACUUGUGUUCCUCGAGCAUGUGUUCUGGGUGGUGUCCUUGAAUACGCUUUUUGUGCUCAUUUUUGCAUUCUUCCCCUAUCAUAUUGGCCACUACAUUGUGAUGGGAAUCACAAUUGGUCCGUAUGUGGCUGCCUCGCAUUUCGACGGCCUAGUGACCACUUUGGUCGGCUACUGUGCCAUUGGCGUAAUCCUGGUUUUGCUUCACGCUGUUUCGAAAGUCCUUCAACUCCGGAAGAUUUGCAGGGGACUUGGCCUUUGCUAUGUUGUGGUCAAGGUGUCCCUUCUGUGCGUAGUAGAAGUGGGUGUUCUUCCCCUGGUGUGCGGCUGGUGGCUGGACAUUUGCUCACUAAACAUGUUUGACGCCACCCUGAAAGACCGUGAGACCAGCUUUCGCCAAGCACCUGGCACCUCCCUCUUCAUCCACUGGCUGGUCGGCAUGGUCUACGUCUACUACUUUGCCUCCUUUGUGCUCCUUCUACGAGAAGUGCUCCGUCCAGGGGUGCUAUGGUUCCUUAGGAACCUCAACGACCCCGACUUCUCACCCAUCCAGGAGAUGAUCCACAUGUCUGUGGCUCUGCAUGUGAGGCGCCUGUUGAUGUCGGCGGUCAUAUUUGGCACCGCUGUUCUCCUGAUGCUCUGGCUGCCUGUGCAUUUGCUGCGAAUGGUCUUCCCUGGAUUUCUGCCCUAUGUCGUCACUCUGAGCACAGCAGCGGCGCCUCUGGUCACAAAUAAUGGACAAUCGUCCUUAGCCUCUUCGGUUUUUACAGGAGAGCCUCAAGUAUCUCCAGCAGCAGCUGCUCAUGAAGCCUCUCCGACACAUGGAAGCGAACUUUCAUUGGAGCUUCUGCUUUUACAAGUUGUUCUGCCGGCUCUUCUUGAGCAAUCACACACCCGUUCAUGGCUCAAAGCUAGUGUGAGGCUGUGGUGUGUUGCUGUGUCUUGGCUGCUUGGCCUCAGGUCGUAUCUGCUUGGAGAUGAGAACCAGAGAGAGCAAGUCGAGGGUGAACAUUUUGAUGGUGAUCAUGAUGAUGAAGAGGAGGAAGAAGAAGAGUUAGUCGAAAACAGAAACAACUUGAAUUUUGAUGGAGAUGAUGAGCAGGAAGAUGGAAACGAAGACAACCAGAACGAAGAAGACGAAGAUGUUGAUCCUCUUGAUCUUGGUGCAGCACAUCAGCAACAGGCACUGCUUCAUCGAGACCAAACAAGCAUGGUGAGCAAUCAGCCCUACCUGAAGCCCGGCUGCUUUGCUGCCCGCCUAAUGGGCCUCCUACUAGUGCUGGCCGUCUCUCUCGUUAUCGCCAGUGUGGCUGUUUUAACUGUACCCGUCUGGCUGGGCCGCAGGCUUCUCUGCCUUGUCUGGCUAAGGCAAGGCGAGUCGGCAAUGGCGGUCCACGAAUUGUACACUGCGGCCGCCGGAACGUACAUGUGCUGGGCCACCGCCAGGGCGUUUGGCUUUGUCUCUGCCUGGGCUCCACGCGGACGGGCCGCCAUUGGCAAGAGUCUGCGCCGUAAAUUGGCCACAGCCGGAAAGUCCGUUGUGGCUGCAGUGGUGCUGCUUGGACUGAUACCAUUGCUGUUUGGCACUCUGCUGGAGGCGGUGGUUGUGGUGCCCCUGCGGGUGCCUCUGCACCAAACCCCUGUUCUGUGUGCCUGGCAAGACUGGGCCCUAGGGGUGCUGUACACUAAAAUUGCCUGCGCUGUCACCCUGAUGGGUCCCAACUGGUGGCUCAAGGCUGCUCUCGAAAGGGCAUAUAGAGAUGGACUGAGGGAGUUGGAUCUGGUGCGAGUGAUGAAAGAAUUGGCCGCGCCAGUGGUAAUGGGCUUCGGUCUGGCCCUGGCUGUGCCUUAUAUCAUCAGUCAGACUGCAGUGCCACUCUUUGUCACCAGUCCAAGUAUCAAGGUUUUGAUAGCCCGUCGUAUUUACCCAUUCUUACUGCUGGCCAGUCUCUGCAUUGGUGCUGGCGCUUUCCAGGUUCGUCAGUUUAGGAGGUUAUACGAACACAUCAAGAAUGACAAGUACCUCGUCGGAAGGCGUCUGGUCAACUAUGACCAGCGCAAGAAACAGAAAGCUCAUAGCACUGCGCACUAAGACGUGGAAAACUUCGCGGCUGUGUGAUUUGUGUGGUGAUAAUUGUUUUUGAAAUAAUUAACAACACGACUGCUGUACCCAGAAAGACUUGUUUAUUCUCGGUGUCGUUGAUUUUUCUUUAUAUUGUUUUAGAUAAAUUAAAGAAUCUGUCAAACUGGAGAGAUUUAUACUUCUGCAACUUAUAUUGCUACUGCUGAAUGCUGAAGAUUGAUGUAUUCUCAAAUUGUCAGUGUUAAUUUUUUCUCUCAUUGUCAAAUAGAAAAAGAUUCCAUUGCUAUAUAA